AUGGAAAACGCACACCGUCGUCCUCCCACCGAAAUGCAAACGCAAGAAAACUACAGAGUCUCCUCAAUUUUAAACAGAGACAAAAUCAACAACAUUACCCUCCGAUCUUCCACACUGUUUAACCCAACCCUCCUCCCCCGAAACACCGCCCAUCCCAACAUUCCACUCAAAACUAUCAAUCAGCUCACUCCCAUCUCGUCACCGUCUAAACAAUCCAUCUCUCAAACCCCCAAAAUAAACCACAUACCGCAAUCCCCCUCAAAAACCAUCCAGACCAGCCGAUACACAUAUCCCACUACUUCUGUACUACCAAGUGGCUUGUCGAAACAAGGACGCCGACAGCGUCGUACAGCGGGUGCUGCAGUUCCUUCUCGACUGGGCAAUUGGUAG